CUUCGCAUGGCGGCCCUCUUGACAGGAACACACAGACGAGCUCAGCGGCAUUCUGGGACCAGGCGGUGCCGAGGCCAAUCAUGGAUGAGAUGUUCCGUGUCCCGGGACCAGGCUGGGGUCGUGACCUCUACAGAUGGGACGGCCAGACUCAGUGUGAGCUCUGCUCUCCUCACCACUCCCUCUCUGGUCAGACCUCACACUCUGAGAGGAUAGAGGGAUACUCCUCUGGCACCUCUUCCUGACUUUCAACUCUCCUUUCCCUUGUAUGUUCCUCUCCUCUUUCUAUCACUCUCUUCCUCCCCUUAUUCAUUCUAGCCAUUUCCCUCCAUCCCCACUUCCUCUCCUCCAUAUCCCUCUUGUAUUUUACUUCCUCUUCUCCAUAUCCAUCUUGUAUUUUACUUCCUCUCCUCCAUAUCUGUGACGAGGUGUGAAAGAAGGAGUCAGGCGCAGGAGGUAAAAUACCGAAGUCCAGAGUUUAAUCCGUUUGCAUAAAUCAAACGCCCCAAGCGUCAAACGACACUGUACAAGGGAAAACAUCCACCUUGGCAAUAACACAGUGAAAUGUAGCUCAACCGAGCUACACACUCUCACAACAAAACAAUCACUCACAAAGACAAGGGGAACAGAGGGAACACUUAUACACAUACUAAUUAGGGGAAUGAGCACCAGGUGUGUGUGAUUGACAAGACAUGACAAGUGGAGUGAUGAGAAUGGGAUCGGCAGUAGCUAGUACUCCGGUGACGACGAACUCUGAAGCCUGCCCGAACCAGGAGGGGGGCAGCCUCGGCGGAAGUCGUGACAAUAUCCAUCUUGUAUUUUACUUCCUCUCCUCCAUAUCCCUCUUGUAUUUUACUUCCUCUCCUCCAUAUCCCUCUUGUAUUUUACUUCCUCUCCUCCAUAUCCCUCUUGUAUUUUACUUCCUCUUCUCCAUAUCCUCCCCUCUUUCCAUAUUUUCUUGUCUUCCCCUCUUCCAUGUCCUUCUGCCCUUCCUCUGUCCUUCUGCCCUUCCUCUGUCCUUCUGCCCUUCCUCUGUCCUUCUGCCCUUCCUCUAUCUCCUCGAUCUCUGGCUCUUUCCAUUCCCCUCCUCUUUCUGCUCCAUCACCUCAUCCCUCUUUCCUCCUCUCCUGAUAGUUUCAUUCCAAGCAGGCUUGAUACCACAGCAUCAGACAGUUAGACAGACACACACAUUGGAAGCAGGCAGCGUCCAUUUAUCAGGGAAGAGAAGCUCUCCGUAACGAUUCUGUACUUUAGUCUCUAUUCUCAGCAGAGGACAUCGUCAGAUAAAUCAACAGAGAAGAUGGUGAUCUCACGCUGCACUUCCCUCUCAGAGGCAGUGAUAAGUAUUUUAAUGUAACGGCCAUGCACUCAUUUGUUAGACCUGGUGAUGACAUUUGUUCAAGGUUUUCUGGCCAUUAAUAGGGAUAGUGUCAUAUUGAAAUAAUAGUUAACCUCUCCCUGAACAAAAGACAAGGAGAUAAAGAGAUGAAUGGUUUAAAGUCGUGCUCUUUGACCUGAAGCAGAUUGGGUCUCUCUCUGCUCAAGGGAUUACUGGCGUUACAAAUGUUGUGAAUGUUUAUGUAUUUUACAAAUACUUUAUUGGGGUUCUUUAUUAAAAGUUGUCAUGACUCAUGACCCAUUAAGACUAGUAGGCUAGUUUUGGUCAGGUGAUGCAGGAUUUCAUCAGUGAUGUUGAUGUUUCACCUUGUGUUUUUGAUCAAGAUAAUAGACUUGCAGUUCUUAAGUUCAUGUUGGGAAUUUGAAGAACAUUUUCCUUUGUUGGCAUGCAUCAAAGCUAAACAUCACAAAAUGUUUAUUUCUUGGAAGUAAACAAAGUUACUGAUCUGAAACGUUGUGUCUCGGGAACAUUGUAGAUGUUGCACGUAACCUGGGAACCGUCCUCACAGGCUAUGUUCUGUGGUCCAAUGGAGAUGUCAGUGACGUCGACAGACACUCUUUGUCAAGUAGCCUACAGUAUCAGGUGGCGUUUUUAGCCAUUGUUUUUCAUUUUUCAGAGAUGAUAUAUAAUAAUUUCUAACCAUUGAUUUGAAGCUAGUUACAGUACCGUAUACAGUAUAAUCAUUGUGAGCUGAAAAAAUAAUGGUUUUGGUGUCAAAACGUGUAUGUUCUCGUGUAUAGAGGCCAAAUUUCUAAACAACGCCUCAAUGAAAUCAAAUAACUUAUCUGAUGAUAAUUAUCUCCCCCCUCUGCACUCCCCCCCCCCCCCCCCUCCCCGCUAUCCUGUGUGCUUCAGUUUGUAGAGCAUGGCACUUGCCAUUCCAGGAGUGUGAGUUUGAUUCCCACACGGGACCAAUACGAAAAAGUAUGAAAAUGUAUGCACUCACUACUGCAAGUCACUUUGGAGAAGAGCGUCUGCUGAAUGACUACAAUGUUAAAUUGUGAGUAAGACAGUAUCUACAGUGUUUUCCUAAACUCUCCAUUUUUGAGACAAGAGCCAACUUGGGUGGCUGUUCUUUAGUGUAUCCGGCCGCUUCUCACUGUUGUCCACUCAGGAUCCUAGGCAUUGGUUUUAAGAGUCCUCUCCUGUCAACACCCAACAUGUAAUAUCCAGCUCUCAAAACAUGACACCCCAGGCUCUUCACUCUGUGUGUGUGUGUGUGUGUGUGUGUGUGUGUGUGUGUGUGUGUGUGUGUGUGUGUGUGUGUGUGUGUGUGUGUGUGUGUGUGUGUGUGUGUGUGUGUGUUUGUUUGUGUGUGCGUGCGUGCGGCUCUUCACACGAUGGGCAGGAUAACAAGAGGAACGUUUAUCCCGACCACCCCAUUGAAGUCCUCCAAAAAUUGUUCCCAUAUGGUUCAGGCUAAUACAUCCUUACUAGAUGCAAUACAACACAUCAAAGUCCUUCAUAAAACUAAGCCCAAAAAUGUCAUGGAUUUUGCAUUUCUGCUUUUUUCAGCUGAAUCAUCAUGAAGCACACACGCACACAAACAAGCGCACACACACACCUCUAUCCUGAACAGUAUAUCUCUGAGAUGGUAGCCAUGGGGGUGAGGGUAGGGGUGCAGGGGGUGUCUGUGGGGCCCCAGGGGUUCUCUCUGGCCCUCAUCUAGAGCUGAGAAAAACCAGCAGCUGUGGAUUGGGGGGGGGGGGUGUUAACUGAUAACAACAGACCCCCAAAAAACACACCACCACCCAUCCCCCUGUCUAACCCCCCUACCUUAACCCCCCCCCCCCCAACCCCCAACCCCCAUUACCUUAACCAUCCACCACUCUAACCCCCCAAAACUCCAGGUUUAUCCUGUUUAGGAGUCCUGCCCCCCCCAGCCAUAAACACAAACACACAAACACACUUCUAAUGCUCUCGUUCAACAAGUGUUCAACUUCUCUAGAGGUUUCAUAUACAAAUCACUUCAAAAGUUCAGACUGAUUUAAGCUAUAAGAAUUUGUGUAUUUACUCAGUGCUUUCCCUUUUCAGUUGUAUUGCUAGACUAUACUGUAGACUUACCAGUAUUACUAGACUAUACUGUAGACUAACCAGUAUUACUAGACUAUACUGUAGACUAACCAGUAUUACUAGACUAUACUGUAGACUAACCAGUAUUACUAGACUAUACUGUAGACUAACCAGUAUUAACAGACGUUGAUUAAUGUCUGUUUAUGCUGGGUUAUGUUCCUGUCAUGUCUGCUAGCACUGAUUGUAUCUGUCCUAAAUGGCACCCUGUUUUCUAUAUAGUGCGCUACCUAUGACCAUAAACCUAUGGGCCCUGCUCUAAAGUAUUGCACAAUCUAGAGAAUAGGAUGGAAUGUCAGACCAACCACUGUGUACUCCUAUUGAUUUAACCACAGUACACACCAGCAGAGGGAAACCUUUCAUCCUUAACUCAACAUGUCCUGUCACACUGCAAUAAACCAUGUUCCAGUCCUUACACACACACACACACACACACACACACACACACACACACACACACACACACACGCCCCUCCCCCCUCCCCCCCCCCUCCCCCCUCCCCCCACAUACACACAAUAAACUCCACUCCAGACCUUACAAAACACUUAAAGCCACCAGACAAACAUAAUAAACGUUUAGAUCCUGUUGAAAUUAUAACGUCUGCGUUCCUUAAUUCCACCCUAUUCCCUAUGUAGUGCACCACUGUUGCUAUGGUCAAAAGUAGUGCACUACAUAGGGAAUAGAGUGCCAUUUGUGACCAAGCCAAAGUAUAGAUCUCAACAGCAAAAAGGGAUCAGCCCUCACGUAGAAGAUUAUAAGCCUGAUAGGUCAGUUUGUUUGGGUACGUUAUGAGUGCUAUGAUUAUAGUAUAAUGCAUAUAUUAUUCUUUGAUUACUCACACUUCAAAUAGAGCACAUUGAGAAUGUAUAUUGUUCUAAAGAAUGUAUAUUAAGAAUGUAUAUUGUUCUAAAGAAUGUAUAUUAAGAACGUAUAUUGUUCUAAACGGGUUCUGGGGCUUUCAAAAUGUUCCUGUUUUUCAGCACCUAUGUUAUUUUGCCUGUACUAAUGUCGUCAGUAUUAUUAGUCAGAAAUGAAACAUAGAUGAGAAAUAACACAGCAUUAAAACACACCCUUUCAACAUUAAUAUCUAGAUUCACAAUCACAGACAUCCAUUCACAGACCUCAUUCAGUAUUUACCAAGGCCUGAAAACAGAUGUCAUCAUGGGUUUAGUGAUUCUACUCCUGAUGUUGUGCAGUAAAGCAGUGUGCUUCACGUCUGACGGUUUGCCUAUAAUGUCAGGCAAUCGCGAAGGGAGGCUGAGAAUGCGUUAGCGGCACGUUAGGGCUGACCUCUGUGACAGCGCUGCCACUUGUAUCACACAUGGGGUCAGAGGUCAGCGUUUCAUGUCCCUGUAUAGAGUUACAGGGAAACAGGGCCAACAGGGCUCUCAGGCUUUGUACUGAGACGGGGACUGAUUGACAGCCUACCACUAAUGCCUGCCAUGAUGAGGGACGUCGGAGGAUCAGGGAAUGGAUCACUCCUGGUGUUUCAUAUGUCACUUAGUUUGCAUACAAUUUUGGUAAUGUCUACAACGCAGAUUAAUCGUAUAUUUUGGUAAUGUCUAUAAAUCAGAUGAAUCAUGUAUUUUGUACACAUAUUUAGCAAUUAAUUCCAUAAAUUAUUCUAGCUUUAAAAUUCUAAACAUACACAUACUUUAGGCCUAUGCAGAAAAAAAUUAGUGGAAUCUUCUGUGGUAAUUUAAGUUUUUUAUAUUCACACCAUGGUUUGAUCUCCCUACAUAAACAUACUGCAUAUAAACCCACUCUGCUCCUAAUGAUAAACACCAUGUCAGCUUUAUUGGCUUCAUAGGGCUGCUAAAGGCCUCAGACCAGCUAGAGCCACACACACACACACACACACACACACACACACACACACACACACACACACACACACACACACACACACACACACACACACACACACACACUCACACACACACACUCACACACACACACACACACACACACACACACACACACACACACAUAGCUUUAUAGGGCUGCUAAAGGCCUCAGACCUGCUAGAGCCACACACACACACACACACACACACACACACACACACACACACAUAGCUUUAUAGGGCUGCUAAAGGCCUCAGACCUGCUAGAGCCACACACACACACACACACACACACACACACACACACACACACACACACACACACACACACACACAUAGCUUUAUAGGGCUGCUAAAGGCCUCAGACCUGCUAGAGCCACACACACACGCACACACGCGCACACACACACACAAAUGUUGUUGGUCGCAUACACAUAUUUAGCAGAUGUUAUUGCAGGUGUAGCAAAAUGCUCCUAGUGUUCCUAGCUCCAACAGUGCAGUAAUAUCUAACAAUACACAACAAUACGCACAACUCUAAAAAGUUAAAGAAUGGAAUUAAGAAAUACUGAAAUAUUAGGAUGAGCAAUGCCGGAGUCCGGAGUAUAAAUAUAUAUAUAUACACUACCAGUCAAAAGUUUAGACACACCUACUCAUUCAAGGGUUUUUCCUUUAUUUUUACUCUUUUCUACAUUGUAGAAUAAUAGUGAAGGCAUCAAAACAAUGAAAUAACACAUGUGGAAUCAUGUAGUAACCAAAAUAGUGUUCAACAAAUCAACAUAUAUUUUAUAUUUGAGAUUCUUCAAAUAGACACCCUUUGCCUUGAUGACAGCUUUGCACACUCUUGGCAUUCUCUCAACCAGCUUCAUGAGGUAGUCACCUGGAAUGCAUUUCAAUUAACAGGUGUGCCUUCUUAAAAGUUAAUUUGUGGAAUUUCUUUCCUUUUUAAUUCGUUUGAGCCAAUCAGUUGUUUUGUGACAAGGUAGGGGGAGGUAUACAGAAGAUAGCCCUAUUUGGUAAAAGACCAAGUCCAUAUUAUGGCAAGAACAGCUCAAAUAAGCAAAGAGAAACGACAGUCCAUCAUUACUUUAAGACAUGAAGGUCAGUCAAUACGGAAAAUGUCAAGAACUUUGAAAGUUUCUUCAAGUGCAGUCGCAAAAAACAUUAAGCGCUAUGAUGAAACUGGCUCUCAUGAGGACUGCCACAGGAAUGGAAGACCCAGAGUUACCUCUGCUGCAGAGGACAAGUUCAUUAGAGUUACCAGCCUCAGAAAUUGCAGCCCAAAUAAAUACUUCACAGAGUUCAAGUAACAGACACAUCUCAACAUCAACUGUUCAGAGGGGACUGUGUGAAUCAGGCCUGGUACUGUGUAUAUAUAUAUAUAUAUAUAUAUAUAUAUAUAUAUAUAUAUAUAUAUAUAUAUAUAUAUAUAUGAUGGGAUGUAUAGACAAUGUGAACAAUAUGGACAGUAUAUGGAUAGAAUAUUUCUUAUAUAUGUAAAAUAUGUAGGAUAGAAUAGUAUAUGUACAGCAUUAGUUGAAUAGGAUGACUAGAAUACAGUAUAUACAUAUGACAUGAGUAAAACAAUAUGUAAACAUUAUUAAAGUGACCAGUGUUCCAUGUCUAUGUACAUAGGACAUCAGUCUCUAAGGUGCAGGGUUGAGUAACCGGGUGGUAGCCGGCUAGUGACAAUGACUAAAGUUCAAGGCAGGGUACUGGGCGGAGGCCGGCUAGCGGUGACUAUUUAACAGUAUGAGGGCCUGGACUGACCUCGCCUUCUGGAUGGUAGCAGGCUGGGUGGCUGAGGUCCUUGAUGAUCUUCUUGGCCUUCCUGUGACACUGGGUGCUGUAGAUGUCCUAAGGGCAGGCAGUGUGCCCCCGGUGAUGCGUUGUGCAGACGGCACCACCCUCCGAGGAGCCCUGUGGUUGUGGACGGUGCAGUUGCCGUACCAGGCGGUGAUACAGCCCGACAGGAUGCUCUCAAGGGUGCAUCUGUAAAAGUUUGUGAGGGUCUUAGGGGCCAAACCAAAUUUAUUCAGCCUCCUGAGAUUGAAGAGGCUCUGUUGCGCCUUCUUCUCCACACUGUCUGUGUGGAUGGACCAUUUCAGAUUGUCAGUGAUGUAUACGCCGAGGAACUUGAAGCUUUUCACCUUCUCCACUGCGGCCCUGUCGAUGUGGAUGGGGGCGUGCUCCCUCUGCUGUCUCCUGAAGUCCACGAUCAGCUCCUUCAUUUUGUUGACGUUGAGGGAGAGGUUUAUGAGCCAGUCAACUGAAGGAAUGGUUCUCUAACUACACCACCUAGCCUGGUUAAACCACACUGAAUGCUGUGCUCACCCUUGUUUCCCUUUACGUCAAUCUGGUUUAACCAGGCUAUGUAGACCUACCUUUCACUGACACCCACAGCUUUGUCAGACGUCUGGCUCUGGCUCUGGCAAGACCUCCAGUUUAGAUACAGUGGGGUAAUAGCCAGGUAUAAGGAAACGUGCACACACUCUCCCUCUCUCCCUCUCUCCCUCUCUCUCUCUCCCUCUCUCCCUCUCUCUCUCUCUCUCUCUCUCUCUCUCAAUUCAAUUCAAAGGGCUUUAUUGGCAUGGGAAACAUAUGUUUACAUUGCCAAAGCAGGUGAAAUAGAUAAUAAACAAAAGUGAAAUAAACACUAUAUUUCUCUAUGCCUCUCAAACACACACACACACACACACACACACACACACACACACACACACACACACACACACACACACACACACACACACACACACACACACACACACACACACACACACACACACACACACACACACACACACACACACACACACAUCUGUGUCCCGUUAGAUUGCUCUUCGCUAUUAGUCCCUUUUUUUAGCCAGAUUGAAUUGAAAGUCCUCAUGGAAAGUUAGUUCUAUCAGAAGGUUCCAGAUAAUUGCUUUGGGAACCAGUGAGUACAUAAAAUACAUCUUUGGCUCAAUUGGCUAUUUCUUCAUUUAUUCCCCACCUGUUAGUUAAAGCAUUUAUUUUGUUAUUACUGCAUAUUAUCACAUCUUAAUGUCCCUCUAAAGUACAACCAUUUUUGUUUCGUUAUUUUUGGCCGCUUUUUACAUUCUCUCGAUUUUAUCAUUAGUAUGGCCCAGAGUGUUCCUGGCUCCAUGACCUGACCAGAGGAAAUGAUGUGUUCUAGUUAGGCUAUAACUAUCAUUUAAUUGCCUUAUAAUUAUUUUCCUGACCAGUUUUUCCCGGCCACAUACAGUAUCCUGACCAGGAGAAACACAGAUAAAAGUACAGUUGAGUGAGUUCUCAUGACAGUUCAGUUAAAUUAUGACAUAAUCCAGGCAGGGAGGAGAGACAGUUGACUGGGAAGAUACAGACCAGCCAGAGAGAGAGAGAGAGAGGGGGGGGGAGAGAAGCAGGCAGUGUCCCUGUAAACAAUAACACUCCAGCCAUUCAGCUGAAAUAGGAACAAUAUUGGGCUAGCAGCAGGGAGCCCAGGCUCUCCAAAUAGUCUGACUGACAGUCCGAAAAGAGGAGGGGGGGGGGGGGGGGGGAGUGUGUGAGUUUGGGAAAAUACAGGUAAAGGAGGGAGAGUGAGAGGGAGGGAGGGAGAGAAAGAGAGACAGAAACCAAAAGAGAGGACACCUGAGAGAGAGAGAAGGAAAAUGAGACAUAAAGAGAGACAUUGUGAGAAAAAGAGUGAAAGUGAUGGAGAGAGAAAUAACAAGAGAAAGAGAAAUUCUCCUCAUCCCCUCCUCCCCUCCCUCCUGCCUCCUCCUGAGAAAUUAGGAGUCCCUCCCUCCUCUCUCUCCCCUCCCUCUCUCUCUCCCUCAGCCUCUGUGCUCUAAUUUAACAGUGUGUAGAGAGGAGCUGACAGUCAGUCUACACUGAGCCCUGCUGGAUACUAGCUGUGAGAAGCUGAGCCCUGAGCCUCUUGUAACUCCAUCCUACUACGUACAGCCCACCAUGGAUGUCAAAGUACUGGCUGUGUUGGCCCUACUGGCUGUGGCCAUGGAUGUACCUCUCUCUACGGGUGAGUUGGUCUGGGAAUGGGUUAUCUGUCUGGGCAUGUCUUCCACACUCUUAGAAAAAAAGAAACUAAAAGGGUUCUCGGCUGUCCCCAUAGGAUAACCCUUUGAAUAACCUUUUUAGGUUCCAGGUAGAACCCUUUUGGUUCCAGGUAGAAACCUUUUGAGUUAUAUGUAGAACCCUUUACACAGAGGGUUCUACAUGGAACCCAAAAGAGUUCUACCUGAAACCAAAAAGGGUUCUACCUGGAACCAAAACGGGUUAUCCUAUGGGACAGCUGAAGAACCCCUUUGGAACCCUUUUUCUUAGAGUGUAUUAGUGUGUAUUAGUGUGUUAUUUCUAAUGUUAUAUCUAUCUCUAUCUAUCCCUUUAUUUUUGUCAUUUUAGUAACUUAGCAAAGAGGAACUUUAUGUAUGUGUUCUAGAAUGUCUGGGGAUGUGAUUUAUUCUAGAAAAGGAAGAUGUUUUGGUGGUUGUGGAGGUUGUCUUGAUAAUUUUGGUGAAUUUGAAUAGAUGUUGUUAGAAUAGAUGUGGUUCUUGUGACAUAUGGCUGGUGUUGCUGAGAGAAGGUUUACACAACAGAAGAACUUGUGGUUAUGAGUUGUGGUUGUGGAGAUUGUCUUUUGGCUCCUUGAUUUUUGACUGGUUUUGCUAAAAGAAAAGCAGUAAGUGAUCAUUGUGAUGUGAUGGAGAGGUUGUACUCAAACUGGUUACAUUUGCUUUUUGUUGUUGUUGUUUGUAUAGUUGAAUUUUAAGUAGUUGGUUAUUAGGAUUUUUCUGGAAAUGUGUAGGUUUGUAUUUGCUUUUGCCUUUAUUGAUGUCUCUUCUCAGUUGCCUUUUGUUGCAAAACUUUCUGUCUCUUCUCAGUUGCCUUUUGUUGUAAAACUUUAAUUAAAGACUGUUUCUAUUUGCUUUUAACACUUUGAUAUUUCAACCACUUUGAUUUCUCAAAUCUUACAUCUUAACGGCAUACAAAUUAACAAUUAAAACUAUUUGUCAAAUAAAGAAAGAAAGAUCUUACAAUUUAGAGGAUAAUGGGCCAGGGAGUCAGUGUCCCAAAUGGCUAAGUCUCCCCCAUGUCAAUAUCACAGCAAUGCCCCUCCACCUUAUCAGGCUCCUUUAUAAUGCUAAUAAUGGAUCAUUAUGUAUGCUGCUUACAGCACCCGGCCACAAGUGAGCAUCUAGCUACAACCCUGCUUCCCAACUAGAACCCUAUUCCUUUAUAUAGUGCACUACAUUUGACCAGUGCCAAUAGGGAAACACAUAGGGCUCUGGUCAGAAGUGCACAAAAUAGGAAAUAGUGUGCCAUUUGGAAUGUAGUUAGGUCCUUUCACGACCUGCCCUGUUUAGCCCCUAAUUAGUUUCUAAUUAAAAGAAAGCAAAGAAAAUAGAUAAAUACACACAUUACCCCCUCCAUCACCCCGGCCAUCCUAUCGUCUUUAACAUGCAGUCAGGGUCUCCCUAACAACAGGCUUAGCAUAACACAGCAGAGGAUCGGCUAACUUCAAUUCAACACUUCUCUUUGACUUCUCUCUCUCCUGAUGUCGUUUACUUUGCAAUGGAUUAAUGUGAUCACAGUUUAAUCCAACAGUCAAACAAGGGAGCCAUUUGUAAGCCGUUAAGAUGUAAGAUUCGAGAAAUUAAAGGAAUGUAAAUAUGAAAGUGUUUAAAAGCAAACUGAGUCUUUCAUGAACGUUUUACAACCACAAGGCACAUGUAUACAUGUUCAGCCAAUUGUCCUCUUCCCAUCUUUAAAGAAAAACAAAAGAAAACAUUGUUGGAAACAGGUUAUCAAGAAUUUCACGUCACGGAACAUGUUAGAAUUUCAAACGGAAUUGGUUAAUCUUGUGUGAAAUUUUCGGGAGGGUAUCCCCUCUGAAAUCCCUGAAACUAAGAAUCUUUUUACUCAAAAGCCUAUGUAUAUGUUUCUUAGUUUCAGGAACCAGUAGGAACCAGGGGUGAUACGCAAUCAUUCUAAGAAUGUAGCCUACUUCUUAAAGGGACUCUUUUGAUAAGAAUCUAAGCUUUGUGUUCUUGGAGCUUUGAGAAAGAGGGGAAAUAUUGGGAGCCCCAGUGGAGUACAGCAAUAAGGGCUCUUCUGGGUUAGAGAGCUGUGUCUUAAAUGUACAUAGUGAAAAGGCAGUAUGAUGGUUGAUGGGACAAUGAGCGCUGGUUUGAGAGUCUCUCUCUGUGUGUGUGUGUGUAUGUGUGUGUGUGUGUGUGUGUGUGUGUGUGUGUGUGUGUGUGUGUGUGUGUGUGUGUGUGUGUGUGUGUGUGUGUGUGUGUGUGUGUGUGUGUGUGUGUGUGUGUGUGUGUGUGUGUGUGUGUGUGUGUGUGUGUGUGUGUGUGUGUGUGUGUGUGUGUGUGUGUGUGUGAGUGUGUGUGUGAGUGUGUGUGGCAGACUAAUCUCUUUUUAAUUGCCUUGCAUUUGGAACUAAAUGCAGGUAAAUGUAUACUUUCCCAUGCAUUGUCAGGGUUAGAUACAGCAGAUUGAACAUCUAAUUUGUACUUGGUGGGAUGUAGUGUUUAAUUAUUUGUUAUAUGCAUUUAAAGGCAUGGAAAUGUGUGCUGUUUUGUCUUAAUGGUGUUUUAUUUGAUAUAUAUAGAUAACUAUAACAGUUUGAUUGAAUUAUUUAAAUGAAAUGUAUUUUCCUCUCAGAGCUUUCAAAAUUGUAUUUGAUUCUGAACAACAUAUUAAAGUAAUCUUCUUUAAUGCAUGCUUUUUGCUAGUUUUAUCUUAAGUGUAGCUAUUUGCCAUGCUCAGCAGGCCAGUUGAAAGUCAGACAUGUUUAACGGUUUAACAGAAAUACUGGCGUUUACCCAAGUGAGUGUGUAGGUGAAUAACAACAGGUAAAAGUGGAGUAGUGUUGAGUGUAUACAAUGGGAGUUUGGUGAGAGUGUGUGAGUGUGUGAGAGCUAUUUAUGAGACCUGGUUGUAACACUGUGUAAACCAAUCUCACACACCACUGACUAUUGAUUUAGGAGAUGUUGCUGUCAUGUAGUCCAGUGAAGAUUGAUUUAUUAAGUCCAGCGGCAACGGAAAUCUGUCUUCUACUUUAUCCUGUUUGUUCUAACAAGCUCUGAUAUGAAAUGAACAAAUUCAUCCUUGUGUGGGACAAAAGUCAGGUAACUGUAUACUUUCCCAUGCAUUGUCGGGGUUAGAUACAGUAGAUUAAACAUCUUUGUUCUAACAAGAAGCUCUGAUAUUAAAUAUACCUAGUUUCCUUCCUGCAAUGAUUCUGGGUUGUUGCAUUUUGGAGAUGUUGGUUCUCAUAUUGUUGGUUCUUCUCUAACUAUCAUAAUGCUAGCAUUGAGACAUUACUGUAUCUCACACUGUGAACUUAGGUUGUUUUAGUUUUAAGACAUAGAAAUGGUCAAACCUCACAUUCUCUCUGUGUCCGGUACCUGGUACCCGGUACCUGUACAGUAUCUUAGUAUGUUUCUGGUUGUUGUUUUCAGCUAAGCCCAUCAGCCUGGUAGAGAGGUGCUGGUGUCGCUCCACACUCAACACCGUCCCUCAGAGGAGCAUCAGAGAGCUCAAGUUCCUUCACACACCCAACUGCCCUUUCCAAGUCAUGUGAGUAACCUGCUGGUGCAUUAUGGGAUGUUUUUUAAAUCUGAUUUUGGGUUGGGUUUUAGAAGACUAACAGCUAAGUUCCUUAGCUUGUCAUGUGAAGAACCUUCCAUACUGCUCAUGAGAACAACUAGAUCACUGUAUUGCUGCUCCCAAAUGUCAAUGUAUUCAUUAGAAAGACGGGAGUGACAGGAAGUUCUGUAGGAGACACCUCCAUGUUCUCCUCAACCCUGCACUACACAGCACAGAUAAGAAAGGACUAUGGUUACCAACACUGGACAUCCCACACAGCACACACAGUGUUGCUGCUCACAGAAGUGAAGCUAUUCAAUAUUUUUAGACAGACUUUUUCUGGAGAUAAACCAGAACUACAGUGCAUUUGGAAAGUAUUCAGACCCCUUUACUUUUUCCACAUUUUGUUACGUUACAGCCUUAUUCUAAAAUUGAUUUCAUUAUUUUUUCCCCUUAUCGAUCUAAAUACAAUACCCCAUAAUGACGAAGUCAAAACAGGUUUUUAGAAAUGUUUGCAAAUGUAUUACAAAUAAAAAACAGAAAUACCUUAUUCACAUAAGUAUUCAGACCCUUUGCUAUGAGACUCGAAAUUGAGCUCAGUUGCAUCCUGUUUCCAUUGAUUGAUCAUCCUUGAGAUGUUUCUACAACUUGAUUGGAGUCCACCUGUGGUAAAUUCAAUUGAUUGGACAUGAUUUGGAAAGGCACACACCUGUCUAUAGAAUGGCUUGCAAAAUAAUUCACCCCCCUUGGCGUUUUUCCUAUUUUGUUGCAUUACAACCUGUAAUUUAAAUGGAUUUUUGUGGGGUUUGUAUUAUUUGAUUUACACAAUUUGCCUACCACUUUGAAGAUGCAAAAUAUUUUUUCUUGUGAAACAAACAAGAAAUAAGACAAAAAAACAGAAGACUUGAGCGUGUAUAACUAUUCACCCCCCCAAAGUCAAUACUUUAUAGAGCCACCUUUUAUAGCAAUUACAGCUGCAAGUCUCUUGGGGUAUGUCUCUAUAAGCUUGGCACAUGUAGCCACUGGGAUUUUUGCCCAUUCUUCAAGGCAAAACUGCUCCAGCUCCUUCAAGUUGGAUGGGUUCUGCUGGUGUACAGCAAUCUUUAAGUUAUACCACAGAUUCACAAUUGGAUUGAGGUCUGGGCUUUGACUAGGCCAUUCCAAGACAUUUAAAUGUUUGCCCUUAAACCACUCAAGUGUCGCUUUAGCAGUAUGCUUAGGGUCAUUGUCCUGCUGGAAGGUGAACCUCGUCCCAGUCUCAAAUCUCUGGAAGACUAAAACAUGAAUACUUUUGCAAGGCACUGUAUAAGGUCCCACAGUUGACAGUGCAUGUCAGAGCAAAAAAACAAGCCAUGAGGUCGAAGGAAUUGUUCAUAGAGCUCCAAGAUAGGAUUGUGUCGAGGCACAGAUCUGGGGAAGGGUACCAACAAAUGUCUGCAGCAUUGAAGGUCCCCAAGAACACAGCGACCUCCAUCAUUCUCAAAUGGAAGAGGUUUGGAACCACCAAUACUUUUCCUAGAGCUGGCUGCCUGGCCAAACUGAGCAAUCGGGGGAGAAGGGCCUUGGUCAGGGAGGUGACCAAGAACCCGAUGGUCAGUCUGAUAGAGCUCCAGAGUUCCUCUGUGGAGAUGGGAGAACCUUCCAGAAGGACAUCCCUCUCUGCAGCACUCCACCAAUCAGGCGUUUAUGGUAGAGUGGCCAGACAGAAGAUCUAGCGGACUCACUAAACACAAGCUUUGUUUGUAAAUGAUGUAUGAGUGUUGGAGUGAGCCCCUGACUAUCCGUAAAUUUAAAAACACGUGAAAAUGGUGCCGUCUGGUUUGCUUAAUAUAAGGAAUUUGAAAUGAUUUAUACUUUUACUUUUACUUUUGAUACUUAAAUAUAUUUAAAACCAAAUACUUUUAGACUUUUACUCAAGUAGGAUUUUACUGGGUGACUUUUACUUUUACUUGAGUCAUUUUCUAUUAAGGUAUCUUUACUUUUACUCAAGUAUGACAAUUGGGUACUUUUUCCACCACUGCUGAAUACUUAUGUAAAUGUGAUAUUUCAGUUGUUGUUUUUUGUAAAUUUGCAAACAUUUAUGAAAAACCUGUUUUUGCUUUGUCAUUAUAGAAUAAGGCUGUAGCAUAACAAAAAGUCAAGGGGUUUGAAUACUUUCCGAAUGCACUGUAUAUAGGCCUAGUAAAGCAGUGGUCAGCAACCCUGGUGUGAGACAGCUGCAUGUUGAGUGUGUGAGCAAGCUAUGGUUCCCGGGCACAGCAGUGAAGCACCUGAUUCAACUCAUCAACUAAUCGUCAAGGCUGCGUUUUGUUGAAUCAGCUGUUUGUUUUAGGGCUGGGCAGAAACCUGUCAAUGCUACGGUCCAUGUUACUCUACGGGACCACAGCAAUAUAGUUUAACCAGAGACGGAAGAGAAAGCGAAACAUCCCACUCCCUCAUUUUUUCUGGUUUAUAUAUAGUCAAUGAACUAAGUACACCAGACCCAGCUGCUAAUGAAUUGGUGCAUAUGGGAGAGCCACCCCAUAAGCAGACCGGAUCUGUGACAUUUAUUUCUAAUGAUAAACGGCCUGAGUGGGACAUCUUCAUUUAUCCACCAUCUUUGGAUUAACAAAGCACAAACCAACAUGGGUGAAACCAGAAAGACCUUAGCCUGAUAAGUAUAGUCAAUUAGGGAUAAACUAGCCUGGUUCCAAAUCUGUUUGUGUGGUCUUGCCAACUCUUAUAGUCAGCUCCUAGUGCAAAACCUAUUCAGAAUAGCCUGAUUCAGCCCAGUAAGACCCCUCUGUUAAUAAGAUCCCAUGUGGAUUCUAAUGGCGCUUAACUUUGGUUCCCAUUGCAUUGGGCUAAGCAUCAGUCUCAUAUUAUGAGGUUUUAAUGAUUGCAGUUGGAGGACCACAGUGAUGGGAAAGAGAGAGAGAGCGAGAGAGAGAGAGAGAGAGAGAGAGAGAGAGAGAGAGAGAGAGAGAGAGAGAGAGAGAGAGAGAGAGUGGAGCAAAAGAGAUGCAGUUGCUAUGGCUCUCCCCAAAUGGAAAAAUAUGUUUAGAUUAGAACAACACGAUACACUUCCAGGAGAGGAGAGAGGAAGCUGACAGAGGAGUGUUUCUCUCUUAGCUAGCUCCAGGGGUGAUUUCAGUUAUGUUAAGGAAACAAUCAUUAGGGGUCAAAGUGAUGACCUUUAUGUUGCAGCUGACCCUCCCUACCCUUCUUUCUUUUCUUCCCUUCGCUCACCAGCCGCCCACAUUUAUUGUAAUUUCAAUGGCCUGGAACGAAUUAAGCCAAAAUGCUUUGCCCAUUUAUAACCUAUAGAAACCAGGUGACCAGAGCCAAAAAGCCAGAGGGGUUUGGGGGGUUGGGAAGGGGUGGUAGGGGGUCAUUAGGGGGUUAUCUCAUGGCAAUAGGUCAGUAAGGAUACAAAUCUGGUCAGGACCCACAAUCCUCCCUUAUCGCUCCAAAACGAACAAGAAGAGAGUCACACACAUUGGCACACAUAGGCAUUGAGGAACACACACACGGACACACACACACACACGCACACACGGACACACACACACACACACACACACACACACACACACACACACACACACACACACACACACACACACACACACACACACACACACACACACACACACACACACACACACACACACACACACACACACACACACACACCACCAAAAGCUUCCACUUUUCCCUCUUCUUCCCUCCAAAACCAUCCCAAAGUGAUGUAUGACUGAGCAGCAGAGAGAGAGGGGCAGAGAGCUUGCUUCUCUUCUGAUAUAUCUAUUGUCCUUGGAUGAAAGACAACAGGGGUAACACUACACCCCCCUCACCCCAUCCGUCCCUCCCUACACCCCCCUGUCUCCUCCCGCUUGUUGGUAUUAGCUUGCUGUGAAGUAAUUACUACCUACUGGGUUAGAAGCUCCGGACCCCCAGAGCCCCGAAUUCCAACAGAGUCAAUCAGACAGGCUAGACAGUCCAGACACACACACACACACACACACACACACACACACACACACACACACACACACACACACACACACACACACACACACACACACACACACACACACACACACACACAGCCUAAAGGGAUAAACCUAAACCAGGAGACACAUCAAAACAAAACAGUCAAAUGGAUUACAUGCACUAAUUAUAUAAAAGAGGGCAGGAUGGGGGAGGGAGGGAGGGGGGGGGGGGGGGGGUAUCCUAGAGAUAAACAAACGGGGAAUCCAGUUACCGGCUUUUAUUUAUCUAACCGAUUGGGAUGUUAGUUUUGGGGGGAUUUUAAGGGUUUUGAUGCACUUGAGCUGUUCUUUCAUCUUAUUGGGUAAGGGUAGUAGGGUGGGCCAUUUGGUCAAUUUAAGAGGUUGGGGGUUGAGAGGGCUGGAGAGUUUGGGGGAGGUUAAAUUGAAUCAGAAAAGCGGUAAAAUAGUGAUGAAGGAGAGAUUCAGAGGUGGAGAGGAAUGUGUUUAAUUUACAGGGUUGUGUGAGGAAGAGAAGGAGGGAGAGAAGGAGGGAGGGAGGAGGGAGGGAGGAGAGGUGGUGAGGCGCUACCUGAGUUGUUAACACGACCUUUUGACACAGAGGUGUGAGAUCCAUAUGUUUGGGGAAGGAGGGGAGGAGAGGAGAGCGCGCGCACACACACACACUACCCCCUGUCUCCCCCUAACACUCAUAGAUCAGAAACACUACCAGAGGUGUCCGAUCUCGGGACAAAUCCCCCUCUCUCAAGUCGACACUCAAAUCAACCCUCUAUCAGCACACUACAGUCUGCUACAGGAGAAACACUCACUCCCUCAUACACCCCACAGUCUGUAAAUCACAGGCUAAAUGCCCUGACAUCAAAACCUCCUUAUUGUUAGUACCAUCGGCUUAACAAAGGGAUCAGUGUUACCAUGCUUUAUUAUCUUUACAACAGCCGUCUUUGAGUGAAAGCAGAGAGAUGGGAUUUUUCACAUGUGGCAUAUGGUGGGGGGACUUUAUGUAAUGUAAUGCAUUGUGAUCCUUACAACAGGCGCAAAACAUGUUUUGUGGGUUAUAAUAUACCGUGGAUAUAAGUUUUAAAUAAUUGUUAUUCUUACAACUGGUUCAUAAUAUGUUUUGUGGUUAAAGAAUAUGCUUUGGAUUUUAAUAAUGCAUUGAUUGUCCCGUGUGGCUCAGUUGGUAGAGCAUGGUGCUUGCAAUGCCAGGGUUAUGGGUUCGCUUCCCAUGGGGGACCAGUAUGAAAUAGUAAGAAAAUGUAUGCACUCACUACUGUAAAUCCCUCUGGAUAAGAGCGUCUGCUAAGUUAUGUAAAUUGUUCACUGGUAUGUUUGUCUCGCAAAUGUCCCUAGAAAUUAGUGACAUAUAAAUAAGCUUGAUAAAUAACUUAUUUUCAAAGAUAUGUUACUGUUGACUUUGCAGCCUUAUAUCAUAUUGAGUGAUGUUUGUUUGGGGAGUACAGUACAGGACAGUACAGUAGUUGGUUUCAAGGAAAGGGAACUCCAUUCAUCAAACGUGUUUGUUUAUUUUGACCCUAAAUGACCAGAUAGACCAGAUCAAAAUAACGGAACAGAUUUAUUUUUUAGAUUAUAGUAUACAGAGUUCAUCAGAUGUCUCUUCAAUCUUCAGAUACAUUACUUAUACAGACUAGAUUUAAGUAACCUAUAAAUGAAACCUAUAAAUUAUCUAUAUUUAUUUAUCUAUAUUUAUAAUUUAAGUAUAAUAAAAACGUGUGACUCAUACUAUUCAACUCACUACUACAAGGCCCAUGAGUCUCAUUACAGUUUGACCGAAACAUGACCACAGUUGACCGUAGUUGAUCCUAGUUGACCACAGGUAUCAGGUAUGUGUGUUACUGAUAGCAGCUACACACUACACUAUCCCUGGAUGUUCACCAGAGUGAGAAGACUGUAGCCCAGUUCACCAGAGUGAGAAGACUGUAGCCCAGUUCACCAGAGUGAGAAGACUGUAGCCCAGUUCACCAGUGAGAAGACUGUAGCCCAGUUCACCAGAGUGAGAAGACUGUAGCCCAGUUCACCAGAGUGAGAAGACUGUAGGCCAGUUCACCAGAGUGAGAAGACUGUAGCCCAGUUCACCAGUGAGAAGACUCUAGGCCAGUUCACCAGUGAGAAGACUCUAGGCCAGUUCACCAGUGAGAAGACUCUAGGCCAGUUCACCAGUGAGAAGACGCUAGGCCAGUUCACCAGUGAGAAGACUCUAGGCCAGUUCACCAGUGAGAAGACUGUAGGCCAGUUCACCAGAGUGAGAAGACUGUAGGCCAGUUCAUGAGAACCUCCUGGACUGGGCUUUUCUUUCCUCCUGUUCUUUUCAGGAUCAUUCUAUCCUUUAAUCAGAUAAGAAAACAGAGAAAGUGGAUGCUUGGAGAACACUGAAAUGAGUCUGCCUAAUUCACUUCCUCUCUCUCUCUCCCUCCCUCCAUCCCUCCCUCCAUCCAACUCUCGGUCACAGUGCCAAGCUGAAGAACAACAGGGAGGUGUGCAUUAACCCCGAGACCAAAUGGCUGCAGACGUACCUGAAGAAUGCCAUUAACAAGUAAGGAGAAACCUUACUUCCCUCUUUGACAAGUAAGAGCUGAUCGCAGGGUAGCCUGUUCCCACAUCUGCUUGUGCUGUCUUGCCAACUCUUAUGGUCAUUAAUUGUCACGCCAAACCAUAGGAGUUGGCAAGACAACACAAACAGAUCUGGGACCAGGCUAGUUUGCCAGUAACAGUGAGAGACAUGGAAUGAAAUACGCCCCUGUUUUCAUGUGCAAAAUCCACAUGAAAUGGGAGAAAUGGGACUGCCUAAAAACAGUAACAAUAGUUCAAUGUAAUUUUAAAUCGCUCGUUUAUCAGUAUGAUUAGAAUUUUUGGAAUGUGUGUGUCUCAUUAAAAGAGAUGAAAGUCACUGGUAUUUCUGGGUGCUUGUUUCUCAUGUGCAUGUUAGCUACUCAGAUAGCUACUGAGAUAUGAAUUAAAGACUGGGAAAGAAUGCUCUCUGCUCAUGCCUUGCAAUCCCUUUGAUAAUUUAAGCGUGGCAUUUGGAGCAUUCCAGGUCUUUCGGUAAACAAUCAGAAUUUAUCUGGGAAAUCGGGGAUGUAGUAGAAUUUCAUGAUCUUCAGUUAAUAACUCAAACUUUUGGCCAAAAAAAAACAGGUGUUCUUUUCACUAUUUAACUAACUUCAUUCAUUUCAUGGCUAAAAUACAGUAGUUUAUGUAUCAGUAAACAAAUAUGUGUAAAUUGAAGGCAUUUCCACAAAAUUAUCGGGACUAAUUUGUCUACAAAUAGUAAAAAAUCAUUUUUUGGAGGGAAAAAAAUUCCACUAAGUUUUACACCCAAGGAGUAAACAAUAAACUGUAAAAAAAAUUAAAAAUAAACAAUAACAACAGAUACAGUAUACAGUAUAUUAUAAUGAACCUAAAUGGCUUGUGCAGUUAAAAUCUGUGUUAAAUGUGCAUUCCUCAUAAAAACUUCACACAUACAUCAUCUGGUGAUCAUUAUCACCAACCACGCAAAAUGUCUACCUCUUAAAAACGCCUAUAGUAAACAAUUUAAAAUGGAGGAACAUUUUACAGCAAAUUAGGUGUUUUCUUGCUGUUUAGUCCCCAAUGUGGCAUAGUUACAAAAGACUGCAUUUGCUCUAAAUAGCUAGCUAAAAAGCUGUGUGUACAAAUAUUUCUAAGACAAGGCAGAUCCAGAUUAUCUUGUUUAUGAAGGCUAGAGUAUAUAUGCUCUCGUAAAACUGUACCCUGUUUAUAAGUCCAGUCUGCCAGACAAACAAACAAUAUUACUACACAACUAGAUACUGGAGGCCUACGUGACAUGUUACAAACUGUUAGAGAAAAAGGUGCUAUCUAGAACCUAAAAUGGUUAUUUGGCCAUUCCCAUAGGAGAACCCUUUUGAAGAAACAUUUUUAGUUCCAGGUAGAACCCUUUGGAGUUCCAUGUGGAACCAAAAAUAGUUCUCCCUGGAACCAAAAGGGGUUCUCCUAUGGGGACAGCCGAAGUACCCUUUUGGAACCCUUUUUUCUAAGAGUGCAUGAUUCAAAACCCUGCAUGAUGCAGAACAUAGCGUCAAUAUACCAAUGAGAACCGUACUAAGUAUUUACUAUCAAAUUACAUUACAUUAGGGCCCAGAGUUGUUCUUAAUCAGGUGAUGUCAAGUGGACACAGUUACACCCAUGAAUCCUCCAUUAAUCAGUGUCAUAUUCCUCUCUUUCUGUCUCUCCAGGGUGAAGAAGUCCAGAAGACGUGCUCAGUAAAGGAGACCUAGUCCCAGGCCAGCUCUCCCCCUCCUCCUCCUCCUCUACUACUCAGAUAUGUAACUCCACAUACUGUAUCUACACGUCUCUGCUCUGGAACGCUCUGGAACACUCUGGAAUGCUC